AUGCCCUCGGACGGGCGCUGCGGGGAGACUCUGCAGGCGCUGCGCCGCUCCGACAAAGGCCGCCUGCGCUACCACCGCGACUGGCUGCCGCGGGGCGAGGAUGUCCUGGGAGAAGGGGGGUCCCUCCCCGCGCUCUCUUCCUACUCCGGAUGGGUGGUGGAGCAUGUGUUGCCGAACUCCGCACCAGAGCGCCCAGCUCCCUCGGAGGAGUCCGAGCGACCUUCCCGUGUCCCCGCGUCUUCGGGAAGAAAUGCUGCUGCCGUGUCCCCAGCCACUCGGGAUGGCACCCGGGACCAACAGGAAUGUCAGCCUCUCGACUCGAAAGCACUUCGCGCCAGCCGGGGGAUGGAGGUCGAAGGCUGCCUCCGAAUGUACGAGCUGGCGCACAGGAGGAGAGGCACACCAGGCCUGCGGCACUGGCAGGAGGAGCAGGAGCGCCAGGUGCGCGCCCUGUCGGAGAGGGCGUCGGAGCAGCUGCAGCGCUUCGAGGAGCACCAGGAGCUGAGGCGACACCAAGAGUGCCAGGACCUGCGGCGGGUCCUGGAGAAGAGCGCCCGGGAGGCCCUGGCCCGGCAAGAGCAGCUGCAAGCCGCGCAUCGCCACAGAGCCCAGCUUCUCCACCAGAGGCUCCGGGAAGCAGAGCAGCAGCGCCUCAAGGCAGAGGAGCAGGAGCGACUUGGCCAGGAGGAGGCUGAGGGUCGUGGGCCAAGCCUGUGCGCCCCGCAGGAGGAGCGACCGCGCCUCCCCCAGCCGCCAGCUGCCUGGGCCCAGCAGCCGCACUUGCUUCAGGGGGAUCCCGCCACCUCGCGCGCCCCUGCCAGCCCACCGUGCAGCCACAUCUCCGCCCUCACUCCUGGCUCCGGGGAGCAUCUCCCUCCCGCUGCAGAGGACCAGGCUGUGGCGGAGCAAGCUCUCCAGGACACUCGGGACCUCCUUGCCCCCCUGCAGCAGGAGGUGGCCGCGGCCAAGGGAGAAAAGCGGCGGCAGGAAGAAGCGGCCCGGGCCAAGCCUCAGCCAUCGCACACGCAGAAGGAGCCUGAGGUCCACAAGGACUUGCCAGCCCCCAGCCAGGGCUCGGGAGGGAAGCAGAGCCAAGGUCUCCAGGGCCAGGCCCAGGAGAGCACCAUGCAGUGGUACCAGCAGCUGCAGGAUGCAGCCGACCGGUGCGCCUUGGCCUUGGCCUUGGGUGGCCUCACCAACGCCCAAGACAGCCAGACCAAGAAGAUCAAGAUGAACCUCCAGAAGGCAGCCACCAUCCCCGUGAGCCAGAUCUCCGCCGUGGCAGGCUCCAAGCUCCAAGAGAUCUUCCACAGGAUCCACGCCCUGCUGUCUGGCCAACCUGUUUCUACCGGGGGCCAUUCCGUGUCGGUCACUCAGACCCCCCAGGGACUGGACUUCGUGCAGUACAAGCUAGCGGAGAAGUUGGUGAAACAAGGAGAAGAGGAGGUGGCCUCCCACCACCAAGCUGCCUUCCCCAUCGCCCUGGUGGCCGCUGGCAUCUGGGAGCUCCACCCCAGGGUGGGAGACCUCUUGCUCGCUCACCUGCACAAGAAGUGUCCUUACUCCGUCCCAUUCUACCCAGCUUUCCGAGAAGGGAUGGCUCUUGAGGACUACCAGAGGAGUCUUGGCUACCGGGUUCAAGGGGCCACCGUGGAGCAGCAGCACAGCUUCCUGAAGCGCAUGUCGGGGAUGAUGCGCCUCUAUGCUGCCAUCCUUCAGCUGCGGUGGCCAGGCGGGAACCCCCAGGAGACUCACCCUCACGGCCUCAAUCAGGGCUGGCGCUGGUUGGCCCAGAUCUUGAACCUGGAGCCGCUGCCCGAGGUGACCGCCACCCUUCUCUAUGACUUCUUGGAGGUGUGUGGCAAUGCCCUGAUGAGGCAGUAUCGGCUCCAGUUCUGGAAGAUGCUCCUUCUCCUCCAAGAGGAGUACUUGCCCAGGAUGGAAGCCAUCACCAGCCCAGGCCAGAUGGGCUCCCUCAUUCGCCUUCAGCAGUUCUUGGAGCAAUGUUUGCACGACAGGGAGGUGCCCGUCCCCAAAGGCUUCCUGACCUCUUCCUUCUGGCGUUCCUGA